CAGCCUUAUCGGGUGGGAGGGCGCCGCCGCCGCUUCUGGCCGCCUCGCUUGCACUCCGGCGCGUGAGCCAGCGGGCUCGUCUUGCAUAAAAGGCGCUCCGUGCUCCGCGGGCACACGGCUGCUGGGAACAGCUGACCUUUCUUUCUGGCCCUGAGAGGACCCCGACCGGGGCAGGGGCAUUUAUAAGACUUCUCGAGCGGACCUGCCAGCGCCUUUUGGUCUGACCACAGCUUGGUCUGUGCGCCUUUUCUGAGUUGGGUUGGAUAGCGGCUCCCGCCACCCGAACCGACCGGCAUGGAGAAGCCAGCUGAGAGCCUGAAUGGCUAUCUGGAGCCGACGGUGCUAACCGGCUUCGAGGCCGGAGAGGAGGGCGUAAAGCGGCCUCGGCUGAAGCUCUUCCAGCUGCGGGGCUUCGGGCGGUUCCUGAGGAAAAACUGCAUCGUGAUCUUGACGGUAACCGGCGUGCUGGUUGGGGUGGCCAUGGGCGCCCUGAUGAGGCAAAUGCCGCUCACCCGGGCUCAAAUCACCUACCUGGCCUUUCCGGGAGAGAUGCUGCUCCGUAUGCUGAAGAUGAUCAUCCUGCCCUUGGUGAUAUGCAGCCUGGUCUCCGGAGCAGCCAGCCUGGACACUCGGUCACUGGGCAAGCUGGGCGGCAUCGCCGUCGCCUACUUCUUGGUCACCACUUUGAUCGCCUCGGCGCUCGCCGUUGCCUUGGCCUUCAUCAUCAAACCCGGCGUCGGCGCCGGGGAGCUCAAUAGCAAAGACUUGGGCUUGGAUGGGGCCAUGCCCACCAAUAAGGAAACCGUGGACUCUUUUCUGGACCUAGCAAGAAAUUUGUUUCCAUCAAAUCUCAUUGUUGCAGCCUUUCGAUCGUAUGCCACUGAUUAUAAAGCCAUAGUUAGAAAUGCAACCACUGGAAAUGUUACCAUUGAAAAGUACAUCACAGAUUAUAAAGCAGUAAUAAAUGCCUCCCUUGGGAAUGCCACUAUUGAAAAAUUCCCUGUUGGCACUGAGAUUGAAGGAAUGAAUAUUCUGGGGCUUGUCCUCUUUGCUCUGGUUUUGGGAGUAGCUUUGAAAAAACUUGGACCUGAAGGAGAAGAACUCAUUCGUUUCUUUAAUUCUUUCAAUGAGGCAACCAUGGUCUUAGUAUCUUGGAUUAUGUGGUACGUCCCACUCGGCAUUACAUUUCUAGUUGGGAGCAAGAUUGUGGAAAUGGAUAAUAUUAUCCUGCUGGUGACAAGCCUUGGAAAAUACAUCUUUGCAUCAAUUCUUGGCCAUAUUAUUCAUGGAGGGAUUAUUUUACCACUUAUUUAUUUUGCAGUUACACGCAAAAACCCUUUUACUUUUCUGUUAGGACUUAUAACUCCGUUUACCACAGCAUUUGCUACUUGUUCCAGCUCUGCAACUCUUCCAUCCAUGAUCAAAUGCAUUGAAGAUAACAACAAAGUAGACAAAAGAAUUAGCAGAUUUAUUCUGCCCAUUGGGGCUACUGUGAAUAUGGAUGGAGCUGCUAUUUUCCAAUGCAUAGCUGCUGUCUUUAUUGCUCAACUGAACAACGUUGACCUCAACAUUGGACAGAUCUUUACCAUUCUGGUUACUGCCACUGCCUCCAGUGUGGGAGCUGCUGGGAUUCCAGCUGGAGGAGUUCUAACCAUAGCUAUUAUCUUGGAGGCUAUUGGACUUCCCACGAAUGAUAUCUCCCUCAUAUUGGCUGUGGACUGGAUUGUGGACCGGACCACAACAGUUGUGAAUGUAGAAGGUGAUGCCUUUGGAGCAGGUAUCCUUGAUUAUCUGAAUCCAAAGGAAACGAAGGAGAAGUUUACAGAACUCAGUGAUGUGCACGUGGAAGCCAUUCCAAACAGCAAGGAUGAUGGGGAAACAUCACCUCUGUGCCUGAACUGAAGAUUGGUUUGAGAUCAGCUUAUUGACAAUAGCAGCCAGAAAAAGAAACAGAGAGAGAGAGAGAGAAAGAAAGCAGGUGUUUCUCGCCAACUUCCUCAGCUCAGAUCUUGGAUCAGUACCAGCAUAAUUACAGAAAAUGAGCCAAUAUUCUGCUCCUGCUUUGUUUUAUAAAAUAAUAUUGCUUUUUUCCUUUAUCAAUUCCUUUACUAAUUAUACAAGUAAAGAGGUUUGUCUUUUUUUUCUUUUUGAUUUGAGGAAAGUCAAGAUGGCAAAGGGCAGGCAACUGAGUAGAACAGGUAUUUUCAUUACUGAUUAUUUUUCUUUAGCUGUUGGACAAUCCCUGGACCAAAUCCAAGGUUAUCAUAUCCUUUCUGUCCCAGUCCUGUGCACAUUGUGAAAUAUGUCCUUUUGUACUCUGCCAACUAGUAAACAUAACUGGGUUUUUUGCAUAUGGAUGAUACAAGCUAUCUUCAGAUGCCAUAUGCAGCCUUGAAACUCAGUAAUGCCCAUUAAGAAUAUAGGAAACCGUCAUAGUCCAGGUCAGAUUCUGUAUUGUCUACUAUACAGUAUUAUUACUACUUUGUCAGCUAAUCUCCAGGAGUGUUUUUUAAACUUACAAGCACCUUUUAAAUUAGAGACAUCAGAAAUGUACCCCUAGGGCUUCGUGCGUGCAAAAAAUAUGCUAUACUAUUGAGUUUUGAUCCCUCCCCUAUUGAUUUCAGGGGAAUAAAGAUUACUUCAAAGGAUGCCAGCAGUCUUGGGUAUUUAACUGUUCCUUCCUUCAUAAAUGUAUCGUAUCACUUGCACUAUUCACAGCAUUCCAGUUCUUCAGCAGGGUGUCCACUGCAGUGUGUGAUAUUUCACUUUUCUCCUUCAUUUUUUUCAUUUUUCUCAUUCCGGUCAGAUGAGUUUAAAUCACAGGAGUGAAACAGUUUCAUAUCUAGCUUCAUUAGUUUCAUAUCUAGAUUCAUCAUUAAAUACUGAUGCAUCUAUCAAGGGACUGGUCAAUUAGUUUAUGGAUGGCCACACCAAGUGAAAGAAUGCUCUCUCCAUUCAGUAGAUACUGAGCUGAUAAUUAAAAAAAAAAGCGGCAAUCUAUCAUCGGGCAAAUAACAAAUCCUGCCCUGUAAUAGAAAGACAUCCUGUUGGAUGCAUGGACCUGGAAAAUGCUGCAGAAAGAAACUUGCACUGGAGAGCAGGUUUUUAAAAUAGUUUCCCCCUAUUAACAUUCAAAAUCAGUAAAUCUCCACCUAAAUAAUAGAAUUUUAAAAGAUGCACAGCAGUGCUUAGUAAGCUGGGAUCAUAUUAUAAUUUGAAUUUCUGAAGUUUAGAUACAAAAGGAAACACUACUUAAUUCAUGUAGAUCAGAAUUGAAAGAGCUGUUUUAGAUAUGUGUAAGCAUUUGGACAUUUUUUACUUUUCUCUGUUUCUUAUCCCUCUUGGUAUUCUGAACAGGACAUGCACAUACCAUAUCAUGUACGGGCACAAAAUUGUUUGAAACUACUUUUUCCUUUAAAAGCAUUAAGCCACGAAAGUAACAAUGGAAACUUGUUUUAGAAAUAUAAAACCUCCUUGGAGUCCAUUGGAACAAGUUAGCCUCUUAUUUGGAUUUUGGCUAUAAUUUGCAUAUCGUUUUGAGCACUCUGUAAAAGCAAUCUAUACGUGGUGUGCCAGCUAAAAAAUUACUGCUGCUUUAAUUUUAAUAUGAAGUUGUAAGUAUGAACCCCAGUGGAAGCAUUCUGUUAUUUUACUAAUCUUUUGAUCUGCUCAACUCAGAAAAUCCUUGCAGAUGAAAAGAAAAGUAAAUAAAAAAUGGGCAAGCUACAGUUAUACAUGAGUAUGUGUUUCCCAGUGUUUGUUUAGAAAGAUUUAAUCCUUAGAUAGGUUUCCAUAGAUUGCAAAAUGGAUUAUUUCAUUGCCCACACUUUUUCUAUUUUGAUGCACAAAAACUAUUAUUGUAACAAAAACUUUUAAUAUGUUAUGAAACACCUAAAUUGGGACAAAUUCUAAAUAAGUAAAUACUUUAGUACAGGUUUAUAUUUUAAACAUGUUUUUUGCAUAUGAAAACUUCUGUAGUUUUAAAAAACAUGGGAAAUGAGGAAGGGAAUCAUAAAUAAAGCAGAGGAUUGAUUUCUAUCUAGCUUAGAAGAAAAAAAAUCUGUUUUGCAGCAUUUUAGGAGCUCUGAAAUUAGGCUGCUGAAAAUUUCAGGAGAAUCAUGCUGACUAUGAGCAGGACUGAGAUGGAAGUUUGUAGAUUUAUAUUCUGUGUGCUGAUAUGUGUUUCAAGUUAUUAUGAACAGGUGAAACAAAGCUGGGAAACAAUUAUAUAUUUUUGAAAUGGGAGAUCAGGGUUUUUUGGUUUUUUUUAUUCUGCCAAUUCUAGGCACAGAUUUGUGCACCAGAAACUAUAAUGGUAAUGUUCAGGCCUUAAUUUGAAAGUUUGCAUCCUCCUCCCAAAUUUCAUGUUAACACUAUAAUUAAAUGUAGGCUCAAUAUCAGCUUGCUUUUUUCAUCUUCCUGUUCCAUUUUCUUAGAUUGUCCAAAAAGAUAUUGCCCUAAUAUGGACUUUGUGUUCAAACUGAUGUCUCUUCCAUAACCGAUUUAGGGCACUUGCACACCACCUGCCUUUUUAUCCCUCAAACACUCUCUUCAUCCUUAGAAGCAAUUUGUGAAUGCCCUACAGUCAUCCUCAUGCAGCCAAUCCAAGAACUUAAGCUGAGCCACUGUGUUCUCCCUUCCUGACUAUUGAGCAUGUGCAACCCCCCCAAAACAAAAAAAUGUAAAAAACCAGCUACUACUCCAGUACCAGGUUCUCACUCCCCAUCUUUGCCUUCUCCUGAAUUUGCUUGGGAACAAGGAGAGAGGAGAACUCUGGGUGGUGGGCCUAAGCUACUUACCCCUGGGUUCCAUGCAAAAUAAGGUUGGUGAUUUGCAACUUUGGGCAGCUCAGAUAACAUUGGCUGAGUUGUGCAGGAAAGAUGUCACUGUGACAACCAAGAGGACAGCAUUGCUGUGGGAGUGGUGCCAAAACUAGGUGCAGAAGUGCUCUUAUUACUCAAUCUAAUGCUAGGGGAGAUUACCUCAGAUGAGGAAUCAUCAAAUAGGAUUUUUUUUGUACAAUACUGAGAUGCUGUUUUCUAUUUUUCUCACUUGUUCUGAGUGUCAGGUUCUCUGAGAUCCAAAUAAAGUUCUUAUGACCAGAUGGAAUGGCUAUCGCAUCAAAUUGGCUAUAACGUACCUCUAGCUUGCCUUAAUAUUCAACACUCCCCCAUUAAUGAAAUCCUUUGAAAAUGAAAUCAUUUAAAGCAACUAAGCUGCCUGAGGAGAAAUAUGGUUCUGCAUUUACACUUAAAAUGAACUCUUCUGGCUACCUUUCAUUAAUGCUUAUCUUUAAACUGUGUCUUUUAUUAUAUUCUUUGAUUCAAAUGGUAGGGAUAUAUUACACUACCCUACAGUUCCACUUGGGUCUUUCUGUGCUGAAGUUUCUAAUCAAAGUCAAGUAGAAUGUGGAUGUGUACAUUUUGCUGUAAUGAAAAUGAAUGGCUAGAUAAUAUAAAGGUGGAGAUUGUGAACAAUCUGGAAUCUAUAUAGGAUAAGAAAAUCUACAGUCUAUGAUUUUAGACAUGAGCGAUGACACCAUCUGCCUUAUUGUGUUGUACCUAAAGUGCUGCUUUACCUGGGUUGUACUCACAGCGCUGAUCAUCUCUUGUAUUUCUUUUCAAGAUCCUGCUUGGUUUAGCCUUUUUCCUGAGAAAAAGGGCCAAGCUACAGAUGCCAUUAUUUAAUUAAUAAUGGUGGGAUUAGACUUCUUUUAUCUCCCCCCCCCCUUUCA